CAUGCUCAGCUUCAUUCAUUUGAGUUCAACCAUGUGAUUAAAGCGUGUUUAACGUUGCUUUGCAUUAGUUAAGCGUGGUUAACAUGUUGCAACCGCUAACGUCAGAGAGCUAACGUUAGCUCACAGAGAGCCUGGACGCUUGGCAACGUCUUGGAAGCAACCAUUUCAAGAUUUCGCUGCUAAUAAAUGUGCCGAACAGAAGAUGGUUGGUGAUAAAAAAAAAACAACACACGAGAAUGCAGGUGAACUUCACAUGGUUGAUUAGUGCGUGUUCAGUUGCAGAACCUUGAUUUACGUCGAUAGAGCGCAUUGGAAACUCCACUGUGGCGCCUAAUUUCUUCCUCUCGGCAGUUUGAGUGCUGUUUAGCAGUUCAUGGCUCAGUGCUGCCUAGGCUUUUGGUGGCCGUGAGCGGUAUUGCAACAACACUGUGAUUUUUAGUGCAUAGUCCGCUGAAGUUGAGCUCCCCCCCCAUCAGUGGCAGCACCAAAGAGAAGCACUCUCUGGUGGGCAACAGAGGAAGAAGUUACGCCCCAUGUUAGACUUGACGUUUAAUCAAACACUGUCCUGCAUUACGCCGGAAUAAAUGUCUUCUCCAGCUCAAGCAGACGACGAUGAGGUGGAAGAAGUGGAGUUUGUAUCAGAGGGCCCUGUCAGACCAGUACUAGAAUGCAUUGAUCUGCUGAGUGAUAAUGAGGAUGAGGGAUGUUCCUCUGUGGCAGGCACGAUUGAAGAUGAAAUCACCCGCCAUAAAGCGCACGUUACAUCUACACUGGACAGGCUGGCACACCAGGUGGCCUUAGAGAAAAAGGAAAGAUCAGAUAAAUGUAGAGCGUUCAAGGAGAAGCAAAUCUUACAAAGAGCUCACGGACAGCAGGAGCUGGCCUUUAGUUCUCCAAAUGGAAUUAAUUGGGAAGCAAAGCACUGUGUGGACAUGUGGUUAAAGAUGCCAGGUGUUAAACCGGGAAUGAUCAGUUCUGGUUUUACAAGAAGAAACGGACCUACUUCUUUCCCCGGAAACAGUUCAACUCGACACACUUGUCCAGUGAUCAACUGUGGUCGGGUUUAUGACAAUGCGUCCCUCCUUGAAGGCCACUUAAAAAGGUUCGAUCACUCCCCGUGUGACCCAACCAUCAAUCUUAAAGGGUGUCCAUCGGAGCUCUUUGCCUGUGUCGCCUGUUGUGAACAUUUUCAGACUGAAGAAGCGUGGAGGAAACAUCUCGAGUCUCAGGUGUCCUCAUCUGCUGCUGAUGGUCACAGCAACACACAGACGUAUCAGUGGAUUGUGUGUUUCGCCUGUCCUGCCUGCUACUUCCUCUUCAACCUGCGGGAUGAGUGUCUUCAGCACAUGUCAGCCAAAAACCACUUCACAGAGUCACUCGCCAUGAAUGAAACCAGAGGAAGACCACUGCCAGUUCCUGUCUCCCAAUAUGUUAAGAAUCGUCUUAUCACUUUGUGCAAGGAUGUAACAUUCAACGUCCGAUGCUCUUUAUGUCACAAAGUGCUGCUCUCACAUCAGGCAGCUCAAGCCCACUUUAAUGUGCACUGCAGACAGGGCUGCGCGGUGGCCAAGGCUGAUAAAACAGUAGUGCAGGUAAUGAAACAGCUGCAAGUGCGAGGGCAGUGCUCCCUCUGCUGUAAAAUGUUCCACAGCCAAGCUGAAAUCGAGAGGCACAAAGAAUCGACCCAGCAUGACGUGGAGCUCAACCACACGAUGGAGAGAGCCCUCAUUCAGCACUGCAGGUUUAGUGAAAUUCACCACACCCAGAGGGCUCGAGAGGCCCGGAGGAAAGGACCGUCCACAGGCCUUGAGACACAUUUUCAAAAACGAAACAAGGAGAGUGAUUGUGGAGAAUUUUCAGCCAAACGGAAGAGACCGAGCGUGAAAGGCAGAGUCAGCAGAAACUGGGUAAAAGCCUGGUUCUGCGAGUGUGGUAUACAGUUCUCGGAGGAGGCCACAGCCACACAGCAUCUCUUGGCUGUGAACCAAAUUUUCCAUCAGUGCGCCGUGUGCGGCAAAUACAUGGGAGAGUCCUCGGUCACCCGCCUGCACAUGAGUCGCUUUCACGGGGGAGCUCACCUCUCCAACUUCCUCUUCUACUGCCGCAAGUGCAAACUGGAGAUGCCUCGGUACGAAGACAUCCUGUCGCACGUGACGGAAGCCCACAGCGGACACACCUACAUCACCCUAAGGGAGGUCCUCGAGGAGCCGGCCGUGGCCGGCGACGCCAAGCCGUCCACCAGCAGAGGAGUCGGCCCACGUUCGUCCUCCAAGGCCGCGGUCCGGCAGAGCACAGUCGGGACGUCUUUGAAAGCAGAGCAGACCUGGAUGUGCAGGAUGUGCGAGGACACCUUCGACUCGGAAGCGGACGUCCGCAAACACUGCCGUGACGUGAGCAGCCACAGCUUUCAGAGGUUCAUCUGUGGACACUGCCCCCAGAAGUUCUUUAAAGAGUCCACUGUACGCAGACAUUGCACGAAUGAGCACGGCGGGCAGAUACAGAGCUCCCACUUCUGCGGCCUCUGCGACAGCAUGCUGUUUGAAUCCGAGGACGAGUUUUUGGAGCACUACAAGAGUCUCCACAGUAAAGACUACUACUGCAUGGACGAUGUCGAGGUCGUUCCGCCGGCCGCUGACGAAAGCACCAGUCGGCUCACAUGCCCGUGCAUGGGCUCAGGGAAGAGGAAAGGGGAAAUGAAAGCUACGUACACGCAAUGCAUGAGGGAUCUGUCCGCGGAAGGGAAAUGUCAAUAUGUGUGCGCUCAUUGUGGCGCGACUGCGCCUUCCUUUGCACAGAUGAAGACUCACGUCCACACGAAGCACGCUGCCUUGAACCUGGACAAGACCUUUGACGUAGAAUGCAAGGCUUGCCGGGAGAGUUUCAGGGGCGUACCGAGUUUCCAUGCACACUAUCACUCCCGACACUGUACACUGGAGCCUUGCACGAGCUCCAGGACCUGCAGUGUGAAAGCAGAGCUCAAUGCUGUGGAGAUCUCAACAGACGCCAAUGAGAUGGAGGAUGAAACAUUGAAGUUUUUGAACAGGGAUCAGACCAACAAAGAGAGUGCAGCGUGUGAACAUGAAUCGGAUGACGAGAUGAACCAUGAACCGUCUCUGGGUGCAGAAGAGGAAAGAGAGUCAGCAGAGUUGGAAGAAGCUCUUAAAAGAAGUCUUCUGGAGUUUUGAGGAUAUGAUUUGGUUUGUUUUUUUGUGACCCAAUGUUUGUCAGACUGAGGUGUUUUGAACCAGGUAUUUGUCUUUAAAAAAUGUUAAAUAAACAGUUGCCAUAUAA